ACUGCGGUUGUCUGUUGUGUGUGCUACAUUUUUAAUUUAUUUUCUUUUUUUGGGAAUAUAAUUAGAAAGAAUUGAAAUUUUUAUUUGGAAAACUAAUUUCUUUAAGUGAUUAGCUGAAGUGAAAUAACAAAGUUAUUAUGGCCGCACAAACAAUAUUAUUCGAUUUCACCGUCGACAAAGAACGUACUGGAGAUGCCAAGGAACGCCAGGAAAUAGCGAAAGUAUUACGCCAUGAAUUGGAGCACAUCUUCCCCCAGUUGGAAAUGUCCUAUCAAAUGCCCAUGGAUGAUGGUUACUUUGCCGUUUUGGCUGAAAAUAAGGAAACAUUUGUGACAUUGCGUAUAUUUUCCCAAGGUUUGGUAACCAUCAAUGUGGAAUAUUAUUUGGAAGAAGGCAAAGAACAAUUGAUGUCGUUUGAUACCAUGCGUGCAUUGGAAUUAAUAUUGCAACAAAAAUUAAAUUCAGAUCGUUCCAAAUAUUUGCCGCCUAUUAAACGUGGUGGAUAUAUUGAUAUUUACAUGACUAGUUCAGAUGAACGUAUUAUUGAAUACGAUAUUGAUGCGUUGGUUUAUGAGGCACGUUCACCAUUCCAAAAAAUACAAAUCCUGCACUCGAAAACCUUGGGCAAUAUGUUGAUAUUGGAUGAGUUGCAAAACAUUGCUGAAUCCGAUUUAAUUUACACCGAAACUUUAAUGGGUCGUGGCGUUGAAAAUUACGAAGGCAAGGAAAUCUGUAUUUUGGGAGGUGGCGAUGGAGCACUCCUCUACGAGCUGCUCAAAGAGAAACCAAAAUUUGUUGUUAUGCUUGAAAUCGAUGAGUUGGUGAUGCAGGCCUGCAACAAGUAUUUAAACAGUAUUUGUGGUGAUGUUUUGGAGAAACGCAAGGGCGACAACUACGAGAUUAUUGUCGGCGAUUGUGUUGAAUACAUGAAAAAAUUCAUUGGCGAGGGUCGCAAAUUCGAUUAUGUAUUUGGUGAUUUAACCGAUAUACCCAUAUCUGGUGCCCCCAUUGGUGAAUGUUGGGAUUUUAUACGCACAAUUUUAGAGCAUUCGUUUAAAAUCCUUAAGCCAGAUGGUAAAUAUUUAACCCAUGGCAAUGGUACCAGCUGUUUGGAGUCGUUGGAGUUGUUUGAAGAGCAACUGGGCCUAUUGAAACCGAAAGUUAAGUUUACCACCUCCAAGGCAUUUGUGCCCUCGUUUAUGGAAGAAUGGCUUUUCUAUCAAGUUUCCUUGGCUUGACGAGGUAAUGGUGUAACAAGAGCUUACAUGCAGCGACGACUAAACUUACAUCAAAAACAACAACAAGAAUAUUAUUUACCAAUGAAAAAGGCUUCCUUUGCACACGAACGUAUCAUCCACCCCAAGAGCUUUUCAAGAGAAUACGUAUCUUGUCUUUUGAAUUUCCAUCAAACUUCCAACAAACGUUUUCUGUAUCACACAUCGGUAUCUUAGUCACAUUGUAUUCGGGAAUUACAACUUGCCGCCUCUACUUCUUCAUUUUGUAUUACUUAUACGAUUCAUUUGAACAAUAAGAACAACCAUACCAAAUAUUUAAGACCAACAUUUAAUUAUUUUAAGUUAGCAUUUAGUUAACUUAGGUUUUAUUCUCAAUUCCAGCCUCCCCCUUCCCUUAUUUUCAUAAAAAAAGUGUUUAAACGCAUAAAAUUGUGUCCUGUUUAGUUUUCAAAAAUAACAAUUUAAAUUUUGUUUUAGGUUUUAGUUCCUUUAGUUAAAAAUUAAAGAAACUUUUAUAAAGUAAGAGAAAACAAUAAUAAUAAAAGCAAGGAAUUGUUAAUAUUAAUUUAUAUUUUUUUGGUUGCAAUGCAAUUUAUUUAUACAUAUUAUUUUUUUUUUUUUUGUUUGUUUCGUUAGCUGUGUGUACUUACCAUAUUAUUAUUAAUUAUUAGUUUUCUGUGUUCCUGUUAGUGGAAAAAUAACAAAUUAAAUUUACUUUUUAAACUUACUGUGUUUUAAUCGCUUUUAAGUCAUCAUAAAAAUUUUGAAACAAUAUUUAAGAAUACAAUACAAUAAUUAAAUAAAUAAAAUAGUCGUACGCAAAAACAUAAA